CUCGGAAGCUGUAGUGAGAGAAAGCCAUGGCUGCUGGUUGGAACAGAGAUCAUGUAUCCAGAGGCAUCACACAGGGGGGGAAGAUACUCCAGGAGACAUUUAUAGACGGUUAUGACCCAAGUGUUCUUCGAAGGGUGCAAUACAUGUUCUAUGAAAUCAAGAGGAGCAAUAGCAAAAGGUCCUGGCAGAGCUGUUGCCAUAGCACUCGAACAGAGCAUGCUGAAAUCCACUUCAUAGAAGAUGUCUUUCAGGAGCAAAGAUCUGAUCCUUCUGUCCACUGCUCCAUCACCUGGUACAUGUCCUGGAGUCCCUGUGGGGACUGCUGCAAGGAAAUCAGGGAUUUCCUGAAAGAACAGCCUAAUGUGAACCUAGUUAUCUAUGUAGCACGGCUCUACUGGCACAAAGAGGAAACCAAUCGUCAGGGUCUACGGAGCCUGAUGAACAUUGGAGUGUCCAUCCGAGUCAUGGACCUCCCAGGUAAUGACUCAUGGAGUUAUGGGGACUACAUGGGAUAG